UGACUUAUUUGGAUCUUCCCUCUUUUGCCUCCUCGUUUCGAUGCCUCCUUUACAUUUUCAGUGGUGUCGUCAUUGUUCAUUAUUGAACGUGUCGGCAUCCAAUGGAGAAGGAGAUUACAUUCGAUCCUGAUUUGAUCCACGAAAUUUUCAAGCUUGCUUGGAAAAGAAAAGCUGCAGAGCGUGGGAAAAAUGAAUUAUCUGAGAACAUGGAGAGCGAGGUUGGGGCUAGCUCAUCAAAGAGAAGUAGGCCUACUUUUGCUAAUGCAAAUGCACUGAAGCUGAGCGCUGAACUUCUCCGAUCCUUUGUAGCAGCUAUACAACGUGCCGCUACUAUUGCUGAAGCAGAGGGCAGUACCAAAAUAGAAGCAACUCAUCUAGAAAGGAUACUUCCUCAGUUACUUUUAGAUUUUUAAGGUACUUGAAGGAGAUAUGAAAUCAUAAAGUUUUGUCUGUACGAGAGUGCAGAAAUGGGGUUUAUCUUCUUCAAAACUGGAAUGCAACUUUUCUCCUCUAAACAUUCUAGGUGUUGGAUGACUUCUUUUGUAGCUGUUGGAUUGGUUGCAAAUAUUGAUAAUUGUGUCCUUUUAUAACUUAUGAUACUCCAUAUGUAGCACAUGUUAGUUCUAGGAGAAAAUCCUUCUGAUGAAAUUUUUGUUAUGUUAAGAUAAUCACAGUUUGUUAUAUUAGUUUUUAAAUCAACCUUAUGGCUUGAAGAA